UAAAUAAAUGGUUUGCCGGUGGACAAGGUACUAGUGUUCUCACAACUUCGGUCCCAGCAACAUGAAAUUCUUCGCCAUCCUCUCGCUUGCCCUUUUGGCCGUGGCCUCGGCCGAUGUCAGCCAUCUGACCAACACCUACCUGCCCCCCCACUCGGCGGCUGCCUCCACCAGCUACGAGUCGUAUGAGGCACCUGCUGCCGCCGUGGCCUCCACCUAUGAGGCUCCCGCUGCCGCCGUGGCCUCCACCUACGAGAGCGAGUCGUACUCCGCCCCCGCUGCCUCCUUCACCAGCGAGUCCUAUGCCGCUCCGGCUGCUGAGGACGAUACCGCCUCCUAUGCCGCCGAGUCCACCGCCGCCGAGGAGACCUACGAGCAGCCCGCUGCCAGCUACGUCGCUCCCGUGGCGACCAAGUCCUACUCGGCUCCCGCUGUCUCCAGCUACUCCGCCGCCCCGGCUGCCUCCACCUACAGCUACUCUGCCCCAGCUGUGUCCACUUACACCGCCCCCGCCGUGGUGAAGACCUACACCGCUCCCGCCGUGGUGACCAAGGCCUACACCGCCCCCGCUGUUGUGAAGACCUACUCCGCCCCUGCCGUGUCCAGCUACACCCAGGCCUACACCGCUCCUGCCGUGGUCAAGAGCUACUCCGCUCCCGCUGUGUCCAGCUACACCGCUCCCGCCGUGGUCAAGAGCUACUCUGCUCCCGCUGUGGUCAAGAGCUACUCCGCCCCAGCUGUGUCCAGCUACACCCAGUCCUACACCGCUCCCGCUGUGGUUAAGACCUACUCCGCCCCUGCUGUGUCCACCUACUCCUCCAAGACCUACUCCGCCCCAGCUGUGUCCACCUACACCGCUCCCGUGGUGACCAAGGCUUACUCCGCUCCCGUGGUCACUAAGACCUACACUGCUCCCGCCGUGGUGAAGACCUACUCCGCCCCAGCAGUGUCCACCUACUCCGCCCCAGCUGUGUCCACCUACUCCUCCAAGACCUACUCCGCCCCAGCUGUGUCCAGCUACUCAGCUCCCGCUGUGGUCAGCAGCCACUCCGGAUCUGCAUACGGAUCCGGAUCCGGAUCGGGAUACGGAUCCUCCGGCACCGUGUACGGCUCCAACGGCGGAUACGUCUACUAAAGACUGCGAGCAUCCCAAAUACGAAGCUAAUCCAUAUACGACGAAACCUUUUUUUUUUCUUACAAUAAUAAAUCGAAUGUAAUGUGCUAAAACAAA